AUGAUUGAAUUUCUUCCGACAACACUUGAAGCCUCAGUGCUCCGGCUUCGAUCAGAAAAUGAUGUUGAAUCUUUCCAGCCUUGUGCAUCUCGGUUUGCUACCAGGUUACAACGGUCAGGUGGUGAAUAUUCUAUGUUGUCUCUACUUGAGCCACAGUAUGGAGGCCGCGGUAAAGUUUCGGGGACCGGUUCCAUUUCGCUGGGCUUACCCAUCCCCAAGGAUAAUCCGGAAGGUGCGAUGAAGUGGGUUCCCGAGGUUGGUUGGAUGGGUGGAGCUUAUCUCGGUCGCUUCCAAUAUUGUCCUUGGGGAUGGGCUGGGUGGUCAGUAGGGGGCCUGCGCAAAUCUGUUCCCUGGCAAUAUGUUCCUGGCACCAGUAAAGAUCGCAAUGUAUGA